AUGUUAAAUCUUAUUUGUAUUUCUCUCGAUUCUAUGGCGUGUAGCCUCAAGACCCCUUCAGCGAAGUCAAUGUCGUCCAUCUCACGGAUCGGUCUCCCAAGAAAGAGCAGUUAUGUCUGCGAAUCUUGCCUUGGGCGCGUGCGACAAUUGCGCAUCACCCGAUUGGCGACAUCGCGAGGCAUAACAUCAUUGUCAUCGAAAUCGCCAUUGCCACGGAAUCGCAUGCCACGCAUCGCAAACGACCGCCAGUGGGUACAAGAAUCGCAUAAUCGGUGGAACACUCCUCGGAAGCUAUCCACGAACGCUUCGGCUGCAUCUCUUGAGAUUGCAGAACAUGGGCUCGCGCCAGUACCCUCUCGCCGUCUCAUAUCCCUCUCUGGCCCGGAUGCCGCGAAGUUCCUGCAGGGACUGAUAACGAAUAAUGUUGAAAAGAACCGCGACGCCCCUUUCUACGCCGCGUUUUUGGAUGCACGAGGUAGGGUAUUGUGGGAUGUGUUUGUAUGGGUAUACCCAGGACUAGAUGUGGAAGAGGGGGAGUGGGCAUGCAACAUUGAGGUGGAUGGAGAGGAAAUCGGAGCUCUUCUCAAGCAUUUGAAGCGACACAAAUUGAGAAGCAAGAUAAGCAUCAAGACAAUAGAGGAAAGCGAGAUCAGCGUAUGGGCAGGCUGGGGAUUAUCGUCCAAUGACGAUGUGAAAGGCGCUCAGGUGCUUGCGACUCUGGUUGACCCACGGGGCCACAAGUUCGGUACGCGGUACCUUCUCAAAGGCCAUUCGUCGCUCAAGAACCCUCCUGUGCCUAUUGUCGAUACACAGCAAUAUCAUCUGAGACGCUAUGUUUACGGAAUUCCCGAAGGGCCCAAUGAGAUUCCCAGAGAGGCUGCACUGCCUAUGGAAUACAACAUCGAUCUGUCACAAGGCAUUGAUUUCAAAAAGGGCUGCUAUGUAGGCCAAGAGCUCACUAUUCGCACAAAGCACACGGGCGUGGUUCGCAAGCGCGUACUGCCUUUGGAAUUGCAACCUCUCACCAAGUCUGGAGACCAAACUGCAGACGCCCCCAUUCGUACGUUCCCGGAGUCUGGCACAGAUAUCAAGCAGCUGGAUGAAAGCAUGAGCUUGAAAAAAGGCCGUCCUGCGGGGAAGUUUAUUGCGGGGAUAGGGAACGUAGGCCUGGGCCUAGCCAGACUAGAGAUGAUGACCAGUAUGCGUGUCAGUGCCGAGGGAGGAACCUGGAAACCAGGUACCAGAUUCGGUGUACCCGUUGGGGAUGAAGAAGUUGUGGAAGUGCGGGCGAUUACACCUCAGUGGUUCCAAGAGAGGGAGAGGGACUUAUGGGACAAGAACAGGACGAGGGUUUAA